UAACUGGAGCUACUUGGGAAUAUUUUUGGAGAUGUUUCAAAGCGUGAAAUGGAUUUUUGUUAUUGGAAACAACCAAUUAUCGAAUUUAUUAAGGCAUGUCGCUAAAGUGAAGCUUAUAUGGCAGAAAUGGAAUCUCAGAAGCUUUAUUCUCUUUAGCAUUGUGGUUCAGAUUUUUUUGGUUUUUGCUGCACCCCUGAGAAAGAAAACGGCAAGCAAAACUAUCAUCACUAUCAUCUGGGCAGCUUACCUGAUUGCAGACUGGGCUGCUAGCUUUGCAGUUGGACUAAUCUUUGACAGUGAAGAGAAAUAUACUGCCUCUGGUGCCAUCAAUAAUACUGUUAGUUUUCUUGUGACGAAGAACCAUGGUAUCAUUAGUACUCUCAGUUCCAAGAUCAGGGAUGAUACUGGUCUUCUUCUGGUGAUGUGGACACCUUUUCUAUUGUUACUGGUUGGUGGCCAAGACAGAAUAACUUCUUAUGCUGUUGAGGAUAAUGAGUUGUGGCUUAGGCACUUGAUUUGGCUCUUGCUCCAGAUCGUCACCACUUGUUUUGUGUUUUAUCAAUCAUUUCAUCUAAACAACCUAUGGGUCCCCACAAUAUGUCUCCUCCUUGCUGGAACAAUCAAGUAUGUGGAGCGAGUAGCUGCAUUGUAUCUUGCAAGUUCGGAUAGUCUUGGAAUCUCUGUUCUUAGAGAACCUGACCCGGGGCCUAACUAUGAGAGAUUGAUGAGUGCAUACACACACUAUAAAGGAAACAAUCUUCCUAUUAAAAUCGAGUAUGUCAACGACGUAGAGUCCGAGACUGCAGGUGAAAAAAGUUCAGACACUGUUGGCAGAUUGGAAUCUUAUGAUCUGGUGCAGCGUGCUCAUCACUUCGCGUAUAUUUACAAGGGGCUCAUAGUCAAUCUCAUGUUCAGCUCCCGUGAGCAUACAGAGAGUCGAGAAUUCUUCACUAAAAGAAGUGCAGAACAAACAUUGAAAAUAUUAGAGAUCCAGCUCAACUACUUUUAUGAUCUUCUCCAUACCAAGGUGCUGGUGGCAACCUCCCCGAUGGGAAUAGCAACUCGGAUUGUAUCCACCGGGUUAGUUGUCGCAUCCUUUGCACUUUUCCUCAUCAUAGAAGAGAAGGGAACUUUUGAGCAGACAUUUGAUGUCUUUGUGACCUACGCCUUGUUCUUUGGUGUUUUAGGCCUGGAUAUGGUAACUCUCCUCUUUUGGUUUUACUCUGAUUGGACUGUUGCUUAUCUUAAAAAUUUUGACAAAAAAUCCCUCCGAUUCAAAAUCAUCAACAACCUCCUCUCUCCCAAGAAAGUUUCCCUCUUAUCCAAAAUCAUCAACAACAAGAAGCUAAAGCAGGAGGAGCAAUCCAAGAAAGAUUCCCUCCUAAUCAAAAUCAUCAACAAGUUGAAGUUACCCUUUCUCAAGAAGCAAAGGCAGAAGCAACCACUGAGAAUAAAAAAACUGUUAGAGAAAUCUUACUUUGCGGAUGAUUCGGAAGAAGCCAAGAGAAUAAGCUCAGCUAGAGGUGAAUGGAUUCUUGAGAAUGAUGACUUCGAUUACAGUCUUAUCUCAAGUAAGUUAAUGCCUUAUGUCAAAAAUGUUGCUUAUGAUGAAAGCCUUCAACUGUGGCACAUUGCUACUGAACUCUGCUACAACAAUACUGAUCAACACAGUCACCAGCCUUCCGGUCACCAGCCUUCCGUUCAUCCUUUGGAUUGUGAAUAUUGUGGUGCUAAUUGCUCCAAAAAGUGCCGCAUGGUUGUUGAAUUCUGGAAGAAAGAUGAUCUACACAGCCGCAUGCCUUCGGGUUAUGAACAAUGUGAUGCUCGUGAAUUCAGCAAGCGCCUCUCAGAUUACAUGUUUUAUCUUUUAUAUCAGCAACAAGGUAUGGUGUCCGAAGUGUCAGGAAUUUCAAAACUAAGGUUCAAGGACACCAGCUCUGAAGCGUCACGAUUCUUUAGCGAAUAUAAAGGAAACGAUCUGGUAGGCGGCUGUAAAAAUAUGCUUAAGGUGAACACAUCUGUCAAACCUGUUCAUGUGAAGGGGGAUCGAUCUAAGUCUGUACUGUUUGAUGCAUGCAUGUUGGCAAAAGAGAUUGAAAAAUUAAGCCCAGAGAUUAAAUGGAAGCUAACAAGUAAAGUAUGGGUGGAAUUGUUGUCAUAUGCUGCGAGUCGUAGCAGAGCAAAGGGCCAUAUUCAACAACUAAGUAAAGGUGGUGAGCUUUAUUACUUUUGUUUGGCUUUUGAUGGCACAGUUAGGCUUGAAAGAGCAUGCUUCGGUUGA